AUGUCGCUAAAUUGUCGGGGCUUGAACUCCAGAGACGCUCCGAUAAUUCCAAACAUACUCUGGUUAACAGCUACAGUGCGUCCGAUGUUUUUGUGUUUGCAAGAAACAAAAUCUAUUGUUCAGCAUGUACAGGGUUUACUUCGUAGUACUAGGCCAACUACUGUAGUUGGGGUGGACGCUGUAGGUUCUAGCGGAGGCGUGGUUGUUUUUUGUUGGGCGCCUUUUGAUGUUGUUGUACUUAGUUCUAUGUGUAAUUAUGUUUUUUGUAAAAUCUCAGCUAAUAAUGGAAUGAACUGGUACGUUUUGUUCUUGUAUGGAGAACCAAGUCAUCAGCUAUGGCAAAACCUAUGGGAUCACCUCCUUCAAUUAUUAUCCCCUUAUCCAGAUUUCCUCAUUAUUGGGGACAUCAACCAACUUGACCAUUAUGAAGACAAAUUAGGAGGGGCUACUAUUAUUCGAGGGUGGGAGGAGUUUAAUAAUUGGAAACAUGACCUUCAUUUACAGGAUGUGCCUUUUGUUGGGCCUCGGUUUACUUGGACUAAUAACAUGGAUGACUCAGAGUUAAUUAUGGAACGUCUUGAUCGUGCUUAUGCAUCACCAGAAUGGUUGGACAAAUACCCACUAAGCUAUGUCAAACACUUUCCGAUUCUCCAUUCGGACCACUCAGCAAUAUUUUAUCAAACAGAGCCACCCCAACUUCUGAGAAAGCGACCCUAUCAGUUCGAAAACUGGUGCCUUGGGCAUCCAGACAUAACUAGCUUAAUACAGUCUGUCUGGCGAAUGCCCAUUGUGGGUUCUACCAUGUAUUGUUUCACCAAACAUCUCUCGUUACUCCGACGGCAGCUUAAACGUUGGUGUUUGGAUCAUAAGGUGAUUUGGGGUAUUGAUUGGAAGGAGCUUUCUGUUCAGUUAUCUGCCUCUGCUGCUAAUAUUGAUACUCUUCCUUUAGGAAAUGCGUUCAUAAGCCAACGCCAGCAACUCUUAAACAACGCUUCGCUGGCCCACUCCUAUUGGUCUCAACGCUCUAAAGAUAAGUUCAUUCAGGAUGGUGCAUUACCUACCAAAUUUUUCUUUAACAAAAUGAAACAGAAACAACGGGCUACCUAUAUCUAUCUCCUAAAAAAUGUGGAAGGUGAAUGGACGGAUGAUGUUAAUGUCAUUUUCGAUAUUAUCCUUAAUCACUUCAAAACUGCCUACGCUACUACUUCCACCACAACGACCAAUGAUCCGGAUUAUGAGCAAAAUAUUGAUCUACUAUUCCGGGAAAUGAAUCUUCCGCACCUUUCUAAUAGCCAACAACGACAACUUCUUCUUCCUUUUUCAGAAGCAGAGAUUCAGGAGGCAAUGUUUGGCAUUGGGAAUGCCAAGUCCCCUGGGUUAGAUGGUUCCACAGCUGAAUUUUUUAAAACUCACUGGGAUCUACUAGGGUUGCCUGUGUUUCAAGCUGUUAAUCGCUUCCUCACUACGGGAUUUAUUCUACGUGAAUGGAACCAAACGCUCAUUGUCUUGUUACCUAAAAAUUCCAAUCCUGAAGAGGUUGCUCAUUUUCGGCCAAUUAGCCUAUGUAACACGAUCUACAAAUGUGCGUCCAAAUGUUUAGUGAAUCGGCUAAGACCAUUGCUUCCCGAUCUAAUCAGCGAAUAUCAAAGUGCCUUCAUUCCGGGACGGCAUAUGGAGGACAAUAUCUUGAUCAGUCAUGAAAUGACUCAUGUUAUCAAUAAACAUCGGCGUGGCAAUGUUCAUCUUGCUGCCCUAAAAAUUGAUAUGACUAAAGCAUAUGAUCGUGUUAAUUGGAUUUUUCUUUUAAAAGUUCUCAAGGUUUACGGGUUCCCUGAUCCUUGGAUAAGGUUGAUUCAUCAAUGUAUUUCCACUGUCACAUAUCGUAUCCUUAUCAAUGGGAAUGUAUCUGAACCGUUCGUUCCUACAUGUGGACUUCGGCAGGGUGAUCCUAUUUCCCCUUACUUGUUUCUGUUCUGUAUGGAUAUUCUGUCUCGCAUGUUAACACUUGCUACGGAUAUUCGGCGCUUUGACGGAAUUAAAGCACACAGGUACGCACCUUCUAUUUCUCAUCUUUUUUUUGCUGAUGAUGCUGUUCUGUUCUUCAAAGCUUCUGUUACUUCUUGUACGGCAAUAUCCAAGCUCCUGGCUCGGUUUUGUAAUAUUUCGGGGCAAAUGAUAAGCUUGCGCAAGUCCUAUGUUAAAUUCAGCCCAAAUCUGUCUGAGACCAUGAUCGACACCUAUAAGAGCAUUCUGCAUUUGGAUGCUAAAUGUUCUUUGGGAUCAUAUCUUGGGGCACCAGUAGACAUUCAGGGGAAAAAGUCUCAGCAUUUUCAUUACCUACUGGAUAGCAUAGCUCACAGGAUUACUGCAUGGAGUCAUUCUCCAAUUUCCCAAUCUGGGAAGAUAAUACUUAUCAACUCUGUCUUAAUUGCGUCAAUUGCUCACAUUCUAUCCAUCUUCUUGCUACCGGUAACCAUUGCUCACAAGGUAGAUGCCAUGAUAGCUAGGUUCUUCUGGACUAGUAAUUCCGGUAAAGGGAUUGCCUGGAGACGGCAGGAAUUUUUGCAUAAGCCAAAAGGCACUGGGGGACUCGGUUUACGUAGUAUUAUGGUUCAUAACCGUGCCUUAUUGAUUAAUAAGGUCUGGCGGAUCCAUCGAAAUUCUGAUCUCCUUAUCAGCAAGGUUUUUGCAUCCGGUUCCCAUUCCACUUCGCCAACUCUUUGUAACCUUCGUCCUUUACGAGGUCAAAGCUCUUGGGGGGCGCGGAGUCUAUAUCAGGCUGAAAAGGUUCUUCUUACUAACUAUGCUUGGAAGAUUGGUUGUAACUCUUCCCUUCGUGCUGGUAAUAACCGCUGGGUUAAUGGUACGGUGCCGGAAUUCCGCGAUCAAAUCAACCUUCAUACUGCGGCUACGGUCACUAUCGGUUCUCUCAUGUUACCUCAUAAACAAGGUUGGAAUAUUUCCCGAUUAGCCUCUCUCUUUACUACUCCAACGGUUCGUGCUAUUAGACGAUUAGAGUUGCCCCAAAUCGAUACUCCUUCCGAUAUUCCUUUUUGGCCUCUUACAACCUCUGGCAGAUAUACAACAAAAUCUGGUUACUAUCUUUUAUCUCGACAAACUGACAUCUGUAGCAUGACACCCCCUCUGGUUUCGAAAGUUUUUCGCAUUCUAUGGGGUUUGCGCAUCAUGCCUAAAUGGAAAAUUUUCUUAUGGAAGCUGUGGCACAACAGUUUAGCUACGACUGCUAAUCUUGAGGCUCGCGGUAUAUCCAUUUCGGGUGAUUGUCCAAGCUGUGCUUUGGAACCUGAAACUUGCCAACAUCUCUUCAGAUUGUGUCCUUUGGCUACUUUGGCUUGGCAGACAAGCCAGCUGGGUAUCAUUUCCAACUCAGUUCCGUAUGGUUCCUUCCAGGAUUGGCUUAUUACAUGGAUAUUAUACUUUUACAGUCUGGAUGGCUACUCUGGGGAACGUUUACCUAAAUUUAUUGCCACAUUAUGGACUAUCUGGCAAUGUCGGAAUAAUUUUGUUUUCAACAAUAUCAUCCCUGAUGGUGAUAUCCUACACACCAUGCUGCAACAAGUUCUGCACCAACAUAUAACCUUUCUUGCCAGACCUUUCACAUGUUCUAAGACUCUGGCAGAAGGUCCAGGGCCACCGGGAUUCCUCAUGGCGCAUUUUGGGUCUUCUUUUUCCGGAGUUCCUCAACUACAUAUCCAAGUAGAUGGUUCUUGGACUAAUAAUUCUCCUUUAGCAGGUAUAGCCUGGGUGGCUCAGACUGUUCAUAAUCAGACUCAGGAAGGGCAAGGCAUUUGCAUCCAUGCUGAUUCUGCACUGCUUACGGAAGCUAUGGCUUGUUUGGAGGCCUUAAUUUGGGCACAUGGCAAGGGCUAUCAACGAGUUGCAGUUCAUACUGAUUCUGAGGUUGUUGUCCAAAGCUUACGUAAUCCACGGACACAGCCGAUAGCUAUUACAUGGACACUCAGUGACAUUCGUUUAAUUGGCCACAACUUUCAAUGGUGUCGGAUCAUGAAGGUCAAUCGCUCGCAGGUCCAGCUGGCACAUGAUCUGGCUAUUCGGGCCAGACAGGGACAACUUGCAAUUGUCCCUCUGUAA